AGCGGCAUGGUAUCUUUUAGGUUAGGUUAGGUUCCUUCAACUGAUUUCCAUUUCAAGUCAUGUAGCUUAUUGAUACAUAAGUGUGAAAAGAACCGGCUUGCUGAAGUAAAAUACGGUAACACUAAUAUAUUUCUCAAAAAAAUAUAUAAAAAGCUGAUUAAUAUAUAGAGAAAUAUAUGAUAAAUUUAAUGGAAAUAAGAUAUGAAAGCAAUUUGUGGAUAAAUAUAUUACUCAACGUCGUAACGUGAUCACAUUAGUCAUUUGCGUUACGAAGAGAAUUGAAAUUUAAGAAGAAAAUUCUGGAAUAGUUGAGACAAUAUUAUGUAUAAUGGAUAUAAACAAAUGUGAAAAUAAAAAGACAAAAAGUCCUUGUAAAGAUGAUGUGCCGCACUGUUCAAAAUCACAGAUAACCAAUGAGACAGAAUCUAUGAAAAAAGUAAAAAGUGCACAUAAUACACCUAACAAAGUAGAUAAUCCAAGUUAUGACGAAACAAGUUGUACAAACGAAAAGCCGUCAAAUAGCCCUCAUAAGAUCGUAAACUUCAAUCAAAAAAACUUGUUGAAGAGUCCAUACUGUUUAAGAUCACAGAUAACCAAUGAAACUGAAUCUACGAAGAAAACAGAAAAUGCACAUAGUACACCUAACAAAGUAGAUAAUCCAAGUUGUAAUGAUACAAGUUGUACAAACGAAAAGCUAUCAAAUAGCCCUCAUAAGAAUGUAUACUUUAAUAAAAAAAACUUGUUGAAGAGUCCAUAUUGUUUAAAAUCACAGAUAACCAGUGAAACUGAAUCUAUGAAAAAAACAGAAAAUGUGCAUAGUACACCUAACAAAGUAGAUAAUCCAAGUUGUACGAACGAAAAGCUGUCAAAUAGCCCUCAUAAGAAUGUAUACUUUAAUAAAAAAAACUUGUUGAAGAGUCCAUAUUGUUUAAAAUCACAGAUAACCAGUGAAACUGAAUCUAUGAAAAAAACAGAAAAUGUGCAUAGUACACCUAACAAAGUAGAUAAUCCAAGUUGUACGAACGAAAAGCUGUCAAAUAGCCCUCAUAAGAAUGUAUACUUCAAUCAAAGAAACUUGGUGAAGAGUCCAUACUGUUUAAAAUCACAGUUACCCAAUGAAACUGAAUCUACGAAAAAAAUAGAAAGUGCACAUAGUACACCUAACAAAGUAGAUAAACCAAAUUGUAACGAUACAAGUUAUACAAUUGAUAAGCCAACAAAUAGCCCUCAUAAAAAUGUAUACUUCAAUCAAAAAAACUUGUUGAAGAGUCCAUACUGUUUAAGAUCACAGAUAACCAAUGAAACUGAAUCGACAAGGAAAACAGAAAGUGCACAUAAUACACCUGACAAAGUAAAAAAUCCAAGUUGUAAUGAUACAAGUUGUACAAUUGAUAAGCCAACAAAUAGCCCUUAUAAGAACAUAAACUGCGAUCAAAAGAACUUGUUGAAUAAUUCAUACUGUUUAAGAUCAAGGAUAAUCAAUGAAACUGAAUCUAUGAACAAAACAGAAAAUGUACAUAGCACAUCUAACAAAGUAGAUAAUUCUAAUUGUAACAAUACAACUUGUACAAACGAAAAGUCAUCAAAUAGCCCUUAUAAGAACGUAAACUUCAAUCAAAAGAACUUGUUGAAGAGUCCAUUGUUCAAGAGUCCAAUAAUUAAAAAGUGGGAUAAAUCCCCACAGUCUGGGAAUACAAGUCCACGAAAAAGAAAAAGGACGAUCAGUACAAAUAGUGAUUAUGAUAUAUUUAAGUCGGAAUUGUAUAAUACAGAAAAUUGUAGUAAUAUUGAAAAUAUUGAACUAUUACAUGACUUAAAUUCUAUAGUGAUGUUUGAUAGUAAUGAUUGUGUCUCAAUGAUGGAUAUCAAUAUGAUGCAAGAGGACUAUGAUCUGUUAGGAGUAAAUAAAGAUGUGGCAACAGAUCCCCUUUCUAUCAGUGAUUGUGAAAAGAAAGAUAUUGACACAGCUACAGAUUCAAAGAUUACCAAAAGAGUAGAAUCGAAAUCUCAAGUAAAAACGCGAAAAUCUAAACAUUUAAAAAGAAAAAAAUACAAAAUGAACAUGGAUGAGGAACAUAUUUUAGAAGAGUUAGAAAAGUCUAAAGUAUUGGAGGAAAUACCAUUGACUGAUAUAAAAAAAUUACAGGAACUACAUAUAAAAUUGAUACAUGAAGUACCACCUCAACACAAGAUAGAACUUUCUGGAUCUCACGCACCAACAAAGAAAGAAAAAAUGUUAUUUCAGAAACAUGGCCCAAUUCGAAGAGGUUUUUAUAGAUCUGUAGAGGACAAAAUUAUUAGGAAAAACUGGCAAAAGUUUUGUAAGCUCCAUGACUGGGACACAAAAAAGACAGAGCUAUUUCUUCAUUGGAGACACAAAAACAAAUAUUAUAUUCAAGAUAUGAGAGAAAGACAGAGAUUUGUUCAAUUCUUGGCAAAUGGAUUACCUUGGCGAACCCUCUACAGUGUUUAUUGCAGAUUUAAAAUAUUAUAUCACAAAAAAAUCACUCACACUCGCUAUACUUCCGCAGAAGAUGACAAAAUUUUAAUGUACAUUGAGAAUAAACACCUUGCUAAACGUAAAACUAAAUAUAAUGAGUUAGCUUUAUUAUUAAAACGGACAAGUCGGUCGAUUGUUAAACGAUAUAACUAUCUGAUAAAACAAAUUCAAAACGAAUCAGAAACAGAACCAUUGAAUAAUGUUAAAUGGACAUUACCGCUCAUCAAGAAAUUCAUAAAAACUUUACUCAAUGUGACAUUAAGUGAAGAUAUAAAUGAAUUGAAAGGUGCCAUAAUUCCUAUACCAGUGUGGAGGAAAAUGGAAGAAAAACUGAACAUAAAGAAGGAUGUCUUGAGAACAUUCUGGCAACAUCAGUUACACCUGCAACUAUUCAGGACGGAUCCUAUUUAUUUAAACGAUAUUAAGAUACAAUUAAUUGAGUAUAUAUAUGCAAAAGGAAUAUCCGAUACUCGCGAAGUUAUAUGGUCCAAUGUUGCAAAACAUUUUGAUGGUGCAACUGCAGAAUUUCUUUGCAAAAUUUUCAAUUAUCUCAUUCAAGAAUGCGAUACAAGUGACAUGGAUAAUUUUACCGAUAUUGUGGAACAUCUAUAUCAUAUUAAAAUCCCUGAAAUUCAAAAUGCUCCAACUGAUAGGUUUUUACCUAAGAUUUUGUAUAAAAAUGGGAAAAUUUGUUUACUUUAGAUAUAAGAAAUAAGGUCAAUAACGAUUAUCAAGAAAUGCUUGAUUCUACUGAUAAAUUGAUAAACUAUUUUUAUAUUAUAUAAAAUUGUAACCGAAUAUUCGGGGAGUUGGUAAUUAUUCGAUAUUCUUUUUUUCCGAUAUUCUUCAAUUAUAAUACGCCUUGCUUUACGUCAUAUCCUUACACCGUGAUUUUAAAUAAGUUAUAUAUGUUAAACAAUUUAAACUAUUUCAGGAAAAAAUAAAAAAAGUUUGUGAGUA